GUGCUUUGCGUUGCGUUUCGCCGCGCGGUCGGCAGGGGGCGCUGCGCGCUGUCGGGUGUGCGCGCCCCGGACAUGGACGCAGAUGAUGCAGGAAAUCGACUUCGAUUCCAGUUGGAGCUGGAGUUUGUUCAAUGUCUGGCAAAUCCAAAUUACCUCAACUUUCUUGCACAAAGAGGCUACUUCAAAGAUAAAGCUUUUGUAAAUUAUCUUAAAUAUUUACUUUAUUGGAAAGAACCUGAAUAUGCAAAAUACCUGAAGUAUCCUCAGUGUUUGCAUAUGCUAGAGCUGCUGCAGUAUGAACAUUUCCGCAAAGAACUGGUCAAUGCUCAGUGUGCCAAAUUUAUUGAUGAGCAACAGAUCCUCCACUGGCAGCACUAUUCCCGGAAAAGGAUGCGCCUCCAGCAGGCACUGGCUGAGCAGCAGCAGCAAAACAACACCUCUGUAAAAUGAAAAGCACACGGAGGAGUGAUGAUAAGGUGUACUUUGUGUUACUGAAGUAUUUACAGAUGAAUGAACCCGUGUUCAAGUUUGGCUCUGGGUGUGUGUCCCUUUUAUUUAUAUUUAUCAAGUGACUGGGGUUUGUUUCAUCAACUCUUUUAAAAGACUAAUAAACACCUGCAAUUUAUUUUAUAGCAUG